AUGGCUUUCUCUAUUGUGGUGUCAGCAGAGGGGAUGGUGCAGCCAUGUGAACAGACCCCAUCAGACAUGCUUCAUCUCUCCGUAAUUGAUACAUUGCCAAGCUUACAGUUCAACGUUGGAACCGUGCAUGUGUUUAGGCAUGGUCCUCCUGAUGAAGAAGCUGCAAAGGUCAUAAAGGAAGCCCUGGCAAAGGCCCUGGUUCCCUACUAUCCUCUGGCGGGGAGGAUCAAGGAAUCAACCCAAGGCGGCCAGGCCCAGGUCCAAGUUGCUUGUACCGGAGAAGGCGUUUGGUUUGUGCAGGCGUCUGCCCAUUGUACCCUAUUGGAUGUCAAUUAUGUCGAUGGUGAUGGUGAACCCUUGAUCCCCCACCAGGACUUCCUUCCACAUUAUCCUCCUAUAACUCUUGGCUUCGACCCCGUUGUCCUAAUCAAGGUGACUCAGUUUAAAUGCAACGGGUUUAUUGUCGGGCUUAUAACCCAUCACUGCGUUGCUGAUGGCCUUGGAGCUGCACAGUUCCUGAAUGCAGUGGGCGAAUUGGCUAGAGGCAUGCAGCAACCUAGCAUCGCUCCACUGUGGUGUAGAGAAGCUAUUCCAACUCCACCCCGACUUGCGUACUCCGCUGGAGACCGAAAACUACCAAAACUGCCAGCGUUUGAACUAGAGACUGGCUGCGUAGACAUUUCUCUAGACCGAAUCAAUCAGAUAAAGCAACAACACCUACAGCUGACGGGCCGAACAUGCUCCACUUUUGAAAUCGUUGUAGCCAGUUUGUGGAUUUGCAGAACCCGGGCAAUAAACUUCGUCGUAGACACGGAAGUGAAGCUCAUGUUCUUCGCCAAUGGCCGGCGGCUCUUGAAUCCACCGUUGCCGGAAGGUUUCUAUGGAAACUGUGUGUACCCGUUGGCCAUUAAGGCUUCUAGUGGGGCUAUCUCACGGGCAUCGCUUUCUGAGGUGGUGACGCUGCUGCAAAAGGCUAAGAAGAGGUCGCGAAAGGAUUUCAGCCAGUGGAUAGACAGUGGAUUGCCGGACCCAUUUGCUCCAUACAUCUAUUCCAAUUUAUUUAUAUCGGAGUGGAACCGACUGGGGUUCAACCAGGUGGACUAUGGGUGGGGCCCUCCUCUUCGUAUGAUCCCCACUCAGGGCCCCAAGUUCCCUGUGGCACUCAUAUUAGCCCUACCUAAGCCAAACACCGGUAUCCGUCUUAUCACGUGGAGCCUGGAGGGGACCCACCUGCCAUACUUCAUGGAUGAGAUGAUGAAAAUUUAUCAUCCUUUCUGAARMGAUCAAGCCUCAGCUAGACUUGUUCUUUCAUAGUUGAAAUGCUGUCAGCUCUCAUAAGCAUUUUACCACUUUCAUAAAUAGUAGGAGCCAAGAGCCAUGCAUG